ACGCGGUCGCGAGGCAAAUUGGUAUUUCUAAUUUUCUAAUUUCCGCGCAUUUGAAAAGUAAACAACCGUGAAUGAUAUAGUUCAAGCCAGUGAUCUUGUGUGAAUGUGAAACAAAGAUCGUAGUGCUGUAUUAACUGUAUAAAAGGGAAAGGUGAAAGUUAACACAAUGCUUAUAGUAAAUGGUGUUGAUAGUCAGAAUAAGUACUUAAAUGGACCAGACCAGUUAGUGCCCGUGGAUGAUUACAUAACAUGGAAGCCAGACGGCCGCGUCAAGUUGCGUAUGAGUAGCAGGGGGGUAGCAUCAGAACCGCCUAUUUCCGUACCAGGUUUGCUUAGCAGAACUGUAGCUAGGUACCCAGACGAGACGGCUUUGUGCACGAAACGAAAUGGGAAAUGGGAAAAACUUACAUAUAGGCAAUACCAGGAAAAAGUCCGGACGAUCGCGAAAGCCUUUUUAAAGUUAGGUUUAGAGAGAUACCACUCUGUUUGUAUCCUUGGUUUUAAUUCUGAAGAAUGGUACAUAUCGGAUUUGGCCGCCAUUCAUGCUGGAGGCUACGCAGCAGGUAUCUAUACUACAAAUUCACCUGAGGCAUGUUUCCACUGCUUGGAGUCCUCACGGGCGAAUAUAUGUGCCGUCCAGGACAAAAAACAAUUAGACAAGAUAUUGUCUAUUCGCAGUAGACUUCCGCAUCUCAAGGCGAUUAUACAAUGGGAAGGACAAGUUGACACCUCUGUACCUGGAGUUUACAAUUGGAAACAACUCUUGGAAAUGGGUGCCAACGAGCCAGACACGCAGCUAGACAAUGUGCUCAAGACUAUUGCUGUAAAUGAGUGCUGUACCCUUGUUUACACUUCUGGAACAGUUAGUCAACCAAAAGCUGUGAUGUUAUCACACGACAACUUGACAUGGGAUGCUUAUACUUGCACACUGCGAGUAGGUAACGUCCAACCAGCAAUGGACAGGAUCAUCUCAUAUCUACCCUUAAGCCAUGUUGCUGCACAGGUGAUAGAUAUUUACAUAACAUUAGGAAGUGCUGUUGCAGUAUACUUCGCGCAACCUGAUGCACUGAAGGGCAGCUUGUUGGAAACUCUAAAAGAAAUUAGACCAACGAAGUUUAUGGGGGUACCGAGAAUUUGGGAGAAAAUGUAUGAAAGAAUAGUAGCAGUGGGGUCAUCUAGGGGUGCAAUGACGAAAUGCAUAGCGUCGUGGGCUAAAGAACAAGGCUCGAAACAUCAUCUAGCUAGGAUUAAUGGUGCCUUCUCUGCUGAUAUGAUGGGUCUACCACAAGACUUUUCUAUAAAGGAAAUGUUACGUUAUUGGCAAGAAGGAACUACUUGCGGCUACAAACUAGCAAAAUCGCUGGUAUUCAAUAAAGUGAAAGAGACACUGGGCAUGGACCUUUGUGAUGUGUUUGUGACCGCAGCGGCUCCUCUUUCACCUGAUAUAAAGAAGUUCUUCCUCUCUUUGGAUAUUCCUCUUAUGGAUGCGUUUGGUAUGAGUGAAGCGGCUGGGGCGCAUUCCCUAAGUACUUAUCCUAAGUUCAAAGCAGACAGCGCGGGAGAACUCCUCGAAGGAACUGAAACCACAUUCGACGGUGCUGACAGCGUUAAUGGACCUGGAGAGAUUCUCAUCAGAGGUCGUCAUGUCUUCAUGGGCUACCUCAAUAGUGAGGAGAUGACCCGAGCUGCCUUCAACGAAGAUGGAUGGCUCAAGACUGGUGAUGUAGGGAGGGUGGAUAGCCAGAACUUGCUGUAUAUCACUGGUAGGAUAAAGGAAAUCCUUAUAACAGCUGGUGGUGAGAAUGUAGCGCCCGUACUCAUAGAACAAACGGUGCAAGCUGAACUUCCGCACGUAGGAUAUGCCGUGCUUAUUGGAGACAGGAGAAAGUUCCUCUCGAUACUACUGACACUUAAGGCCAAAGUUGAUCCCAACACUGGCGAUGUCCUGGACGAGUUGGACAAUGAAACCAAGAAAUGGGUCGCCGGACUCGGAAGCAAAGCUACGACCGUCAGCGAAAUUGUCAAGUCUAAAGAUCCUGUUGUAUACAAAGCUAUAGAGGAAGGAAUAACUAAAGCGAACAAGCUCGCGAUAUCAAAUGCACAGAAAAUUCAGAAGUUCGCGUUGCUACCCGUCGAUCUAUCCUUGAACUCCGGCGAAUUAGGUCCAACGCUAAAAAUCAAGAGAAACGUAGUGUACGAGAAAUACAAAGACAUCAUAGAAGACUUCUACAAAGAUUGAUUAGGUUAUAAAAGAUGUUAUAUUUAAUCUUGCGUUACAAUUGCCAUCUUUAUCAUAUUCCAAAAUAUGUAAUUAUUAUGUAUCAUUUUACCUGUGCUUGGUAAUCAUACAAUCGUAUGAUUGGUCAAACAAUUUUUUAUUAAGGUGUACUUAUGGAUUUGCGUAUUUCGCAAAAUUUUGUCAAGGUCAUUAAAGGUCGUUUUACAGUUUCAAAAAAAAUAAUGAUCUAAGAAUAAUUUUACCAAUUUCUAGCCCUUUUACAUUAACUUACAAACUCGUCUCAACUUAGGACUUGUCGCUAAUUACUAUAAUUAAGCAAAUAAAAGUCAGUUGGGGCGUGGCUAAAGACACCGUUUAUAAGUAUGGCCUUGAAAUAUAUUAUGAUAAUUCUGAUUUCACUAACCAAGUGCCAAAUUCCAUAAAGCUGUCUAUCGCAUUCUGAUGACAUGAACUUAAAAAUACCUGGUACGUUAUAUGGAAAUCAGCACAUUCAAUCGAGGUAUUCCUUCAAUGCUGCUCAAAUUGCCCGUCUCGAUUUUUCAUAUUUUAAAUAACAGAAAACGCAAGUAUUACUAUGAAUUGUAAACAUUUUUGCUCAAAUACUGUGAAGUGUUGUGAUCGGUUCGUUAAUAGAGGUGUAAAUAAUAUUUUUGUUACCUUAAUAUAAAUUAUUAUAAUAA